AUGGGGGUGGGUACGAGCUUGAGGAGGCUUGGACUAGGUUACCCAGAGAUUCUCCUGUCCAUGGCUUGCUUCCUCUUCCUCUUCCUCCGCCAUGGGAGGCGGGGUAGCAGACUCCCUACGAAGUGGCCUGUAUUGGGUAUGAUUCCCGGCUUCGUCUCCCGUCUACACUGUCUCCACGACUAGGUCACCGAGAUGCAAAGGUAGUCCGGCUGCACCUUUUUAUUCAAGGGCCAGUGGUGCCUCGGCAUAGACAUACUCUUCACCUCCGAUCUGGCAAACAUCAGAUACAUCUUCAACGACAACUUCUCCAGCUACCCCAAGGACGGCCAGUUCCAUGAGAUCUUCGAUAUCUUCGGCGACGGGCUCCUCAAAGCCGAGUCCGAUUCCGAGUCCUGUAAGAGUCAACGGGAGAUGACUCACUUUUUUUUCAGUGAGCCCAGGUUCCAGCGUUUCGUUGCGAGGCUGACCAGAGAGAAGGUGGAGAAAUUUAUCGUCGCUCUCCUGGCUCGUGCCGCCGAGCACGCCGACGUGGCUCAGGACAUAUUCUUCCCGUUCACCUUCGACAGCACAUGUAACAUGGCCUUUGGAGCGGACCCGGGCAGCCUGUCGCUCGACCUCCAUUCCGUGCCCUUCAUCAACGCUCAGGACUACAUGUUGGAGGUCAUGUUCUUCCGGCACGUUGUGCCCAUGGGUUGGUGGAAGCUCCUGAGGUGGCUACAUGUGGGGAAAGAGAAGAAGAUGGCACUGGCGUUGGAAACCAUCGAAAACUUCUUAGCCGUGCGGAUCGCAGAGAGGAUGGACGAGGUGGCGAAGCUCAGACACGACAAGAGUACGGAGGAGGAACAGACUUCGGACUUGCUGACUUCGUACUUACGCCGUCAAGCCAAAGGCGACGAUCAUACCUUCCGCUCCAACAAGUUCGUACGAGACGCGAUAUUCAACUUGAUGCUGGCCGGAAGAGACGCUACUGGCACGGGCCUCACAUGGUUCUUCUGGGUGGUCUCCCAACGUCCUGAUGUGGAGCGGAAGAUCCUCGAUGAGCUGAAGCCAAUUAUAACGGGUCUUCCCGAGUCCCGUCGCCGUGACCCGGUCGUCUUUAGAGUCGACGAUCUCAGCUCAGCGGUUUACUUGGAGGCAACCCUGCGCGAGGCCCUGAGGCUGUUCCCUCCCGUUCCCCUCGAGUACAAGUGCGCCGCGCGGGCGGACGUCCUUCCCAGCGGUCACAAGGUAGACCCAAAGGCGAAGAUAGUCAUACCUCUGUACGCUAUGGCAAGGGUGGAAGGCAUCUGGGGGAAGGGUUGCUGCGAGUUCAAACCGGAGCGGUGGAUCUCCGACGACGGGAAGCUGAAGCAUGAGUCUUCGUACAAGUUCCUCUCAUUUAACUACGGGCUGAGAAUCUACCUCGGCAAGGAUAUUGCCUACACCUAGGUGAAGGUGGUGGCAGCCACUCUGCUCCACGACUUCAGCAUCACGGUGGUAAAAGGUCAUGUCGUGGCGCCCAGUCUCUCCAUUAUCUUUCGCAUGAAGCAAGGGUUGAGGGUAAGUGACGAGAAAAGGGUCUGAUUUCCGGCGAUCAUGGAUGUCUUGACGUUCUUUUUGGAUAGUGUGGAAUUGGAGAUUUCUCUCGAUAGUUUACAAUUGUUGCAUGUUGUUAUCUUGUAAGAUGCGGUCCUAAUGUGGCAUAAUAGGCUCUUGUUUAGUGGAAGAGUAGAUGCUACUCUUCCACUUCUUUUUUAGUGAUGUCUUCGUUUGUGAGACCAAAGAGUAAAGAUGGCGGUGGACUUUGCUGGAAAAUGGUGCUUUGGAAAGUAAACAUCCUUGCAAUUAUAAAAUUUCAUAAGGAAGUUCUUCAACAAAAGAAUAUAUUUUGUUGGGGAUGAGUGUGUGUGUGUGUGUGUGUGUGUGUGUGUGUGUGUGUGUGUGUGUGUGUGAGAGAGAGAGAGAGAGAGAGAGAGAGAGAGAGAGAGAGAGGAAUUUCAUUCAUGACGGGGGCUCCUCCUUUAGGUUUAAGUAGGUUUAACCCUAAAGGAGGUACUUACAGGAUUAGCCCUUAAAUCAGUAUAGUUCUUGGAUGGGCUGAGAUGAGCCGCUAAAUGGGUCAACCUUCUCAACAUAUUUUCGUAUCUUCAAGACUGAUAUGCAAAGAAAGUGAGCUUUUACAGAAAGAGGCUUUUGAUCAUAUGCUUGUGUAAUCGGACUACUAACAAGUUGUUGAAGGUAAUAAUAACAUGGAAAAUUUUCCAUCAAGCUGCCGCUCAGAUUGGACAGAUUAGCUCAAAAUUUCGCACACAAGAUGUUCGAUUGCCCAUAAAGAUUCUUUCAUUUUUCAUAUUUUAUUGACAAAGCGAAGAGAGCUCUCUUGUUACAGAGGACGACUACGUUCCGACAUACCAUUCGAGGGCGAACCGAUUCCGUGCACGUUCCCACUCACCAUGCACCAUUUCAACGACCAUCCUCCCUCACCAAGCGUGUCCCUCCCCCUAUUUCAAUAUUUUUAACUAAUCGUGAGUGAGAAAAUAACAUUUAUUUUAUAUUAAUAAUAGUCGGAUGACCGCAUUUAAAGCAACAGCUCAUCCUAGGACUCGGACAUGCCCCACUCGCCGUUCUAGCCCCCUCAAGCCCGGGGUCCGACUCGGCGCCGUGAAGACGGCUCACGCUGAAACUUAAGCCCAAGGUCACAUACGGACGGGCCCAACCCGCGGGCUCUCCUGAGCCGGCCCACACGGGACGACGACGGGGAUGGCCGCAAGGGCAGUUGCAAAAUUAGUAACAUCAAGGAGCUUCUCAGCCUAAAGUUACGCCUGGUAGGAGGAGCCGCUGGACUAGGAAGUUUAUUGAUCAGGCCGCCGAUGGCCAAGAGAUCCACGGGGGACAUGGAAAAAGUCACCAUUCGAUCUCAUUUUCUCCCCUGGAGGGAAAGAAAUCUGAGUUUGUUCUUCGAGCUGCAUGUCCCACGUGCGAAGCGUGCCCGUGGCUGCCAACGGAGGGGACCCCAGUACGUGCCGAACGGCGACUGAAUUAGAUACGAGUGUUAGUUGAAUUUAGAAAUCAGCUGAUAAUAGUUAGAGAGAGAGAGAGAGAUGGCGACUCAGUCGGAGAGGACAUUGUUACCUGAACUAAUAAAUGAGGUCUUAAUGAUGAGAGAGUACUUGGUGCAAAUAUUAUCCACCUCGAACUGGAAAUCCCAGUUUCUUCACUAAGAAUCAGGCCGUUGAUUGAGAUGAGGAUAAGUAUGAGUUUGAGGAAACUAGGAUUAGGUUGCCGAGAUAUUCUCUUGUCCACGGCUUGCUUCCUCUUCCUCCUCUUCCUCCACCAUGAGAGGUGGAGUAGUAGACUCUCCAUAAACUGACCUCUAUUGGUAUGCUUUCCAAACCUCUUCUGCGGUGUAUGCCUUUGUCAGAGUAAAAUGUGUAAUAUAGACUUGCGGAAGCUGUAAAGUAAGGAAACAAGAAACAAACAUCUCACGAUCAAGAUGACACAUAAAUUUUAUGUGGUUCAGAGAUUAGCCUCUUAUAUUCAUGAGCGAUGAUAAAAAACUCCAUUAGAUAUGAAAGAGGUACAUAAGAAUACUUUCAAAAAACAUAAGAGAUAUAAUAUCUGAUCUUGGCCCUCAAACAAACUCACCAAUCACUUAUCAACUUAAUCAAACUCUCUCUAUAUGGAUAAUAGUUGUGAAAUAAAAGAUACCAGAGAAUGUAUUGAAGAAUGAAAUUAGAAAAGGGCCCCUCUAUGUAUAGCCACCAUAUGACACUUCGAGAAGUGUACAUAACAAGCACAUUGGAAAUGGUGCCAACAGUUUCUUGUCUUCCUCUCAAACCAUAUCUGUUCUUUGUGACUUUGUCUGCUCAUAGAGGCUGCUGGGUCUAUGAGAAUCAGUCACUAGAUAAAUUGGUUCUCCUGUGGACACGACCUUCUCUUUCCGCAUUAAAUGUAAAUCGUCUGUUUUUUCUACUAUACAACAGUCAUAUGAGCUAAAGACUUGGGCCACAAGCUCAAUAACCUCCCCCUUCAACUCAUAAGAGAGAUUGUCACGUGUUCCUCAAAGAGCAUCUAUGUCAAUCAGUUGUCGGUAAACCUAUUGUUUCUCUUUAGGCAAAGUCUUAGUCAACAUGUCUACUUUGUAAUUACUUCUUCUUAAUUACAUUUCUGAACCAAUAGUAACACAUUGAUAUGCUUCAACUUUGAGUGAAAUGUUGGGUUCUUUUAUAGAUAAAUGAUACUUCAACAUAAGUCAAUCAAUAAAUUUCAUGUUUUGAAGACUGAUAUCUAACAAAAAUGUGCCUUUGCUAACGAUUUGCUGAAGGUAAUUAUAGCGUGGAGAAAUUUCCAUCAAGUAGCCACUCAAAUAGUACAAAUUACCUCAAAAAAUGGACACAACAUGUUUGAUUUCCCACAAAAAUUAUUCCAUUAUCCAUAUUUUAUUUUUAAAAGGGGUUGGAGACAAUGCUGCAAAUUAUAUGCCCCACUCAAUAUGAAUCAUGAGAAUGAAGAGAAAAACAUUGGUAAAUUGCCAAUUUACUUCUUAUUCUUAUAUCUUCAUGGAAAAAGUAUCGAAUAAGUAAUUGGGGAGAAGGACAUAUUAAAAGUAGCGACAACCUGACAGAGGAACUGCUUCCAGCGGCCGAAGAGAACAUUAUCUUCGAUCAGCAAGUUUGUUUCAGAAAUUGACAAUGAUGGUGGUGUCUUUGCAUGUUGACGGACACAAGAUGGCCGUGUGGGCAGUUGCAAAAUUAGUAACAUCUUGGGGCUUCUUAGGCAAAAAUUAACGCCUAGUAGGAGCUGCUGGACUGGGAAAUUCAUUGAUCAGGCCAUGGACGGCCAAGAAAUUUACGUGGGACGCGGAAAAAAUUGCCCUUCGAUCUCAUUUUCUAUCCUAGAGGUGGAGAAUUCAUUGUUUGUUCUUCAAGAUGCAUGUCCCACGUGGACAACGUGCCCGUUGUUGCCAUCGGAGUGGACCGCAGCACGUGCGGAACGACAACUGGAGUGGGGAGGUUACUUCAAGCUGAAUUUAGAAAUGAGCUCUCAAUAAUCAGAGAGAGAGAGAGAGAGAGAGAGAGAGAGAGAGAGAGAGAGAGAGAGAGGGAGAGAGAGUACCUGGUGUUUCCACGACUGGACCACCGAGGUCCUCAGGGAAUCUGGUUGCACCUUCUUCUUCAAGGGGCCGUGGUGCUCCGGCAUGGACAUCCUCGGCACCUCCGAUCCGGCAAAUAUCAGAUACAUCUUCAACGCCAACUUCGCCAACUAUCCCAAGGGUGGCCAGUUCCUAGAGAUCUUCGACAUCCUCGGCGAUGGGAUCUUCAACGCUGACUCCGACUCCUGGAAGACUCAACGGAAGGUGGCCAACUCUCGCAUGCCCAGGUUCUGGCGUUUCGUCGCGAGGGUGAGCAGAGAGAAGGUAGAGAAAGUUCUCAUCCCUCUCCUCGCUCGUGCCGCCGAGCACGCCGCCGUGGUGGAUUUGCAGGACGUGUUCCUCCGGUUCACCUUCGACACCACCUGCAACUUGGUCUUCGGGGUUGACCCUGGUUGCCUGUCUCCUGACCUCCCUUCCGUGCCCUUCGCCAAUGCUCUGGACGACGCUGAGGAGGUCCUGUUCUUCCGUCAGGCUGUGCCCAUGGGGUGGUGGAAACUCCUGCGGUGGCUACAGGUGGGGGAAGAGAAGAAGAUGGUGCUGGCGUCGGAAACCAUCUGCAAUUUCAUAACCGGCAGGAUCUCAGAGAGGAUGGACGAGGUGGCGAAGGUCAGGCAAGAUAAGGGUACGGAGGAGGAACAGGCUCCACGGACUUGCUAACUUCGUACUUACGCGUUCAACCCGAUGGCGAUGAUUACACCGUCCGUUCCAAGAAGUUCCUAUGAGACUCGAAGUUCAACUUGAUGCUGGCCGGAAGAGACACCUGUCGACCCGCCAAGUCGACCCGGUCGUCUUUGGAGCCGACGAUCUCAGCUCAGCGAUUUACUUGGAGGCAGCCCUGUUCGAGAGCCUGAGACUGUUUCCUCCCGUCCCCUUCGAACACAACGGCGCCGCGCGGCCGGACGUCCUUCCCAGCGGUCACAAGGUCGAUCCAAAGGCGAAGAUAGUCAUACCUCUCUACGUUAUGGCAAGGGUCGAAGGCAUCUGGGGGAAGGAUUGCUGCGACGACUGGAAGCUGAAGCACGAGCCUUUGUACAAGUUCCUCUCCUUCAACUCCGGGCCGAGAAUCUGCCUCGGCAAGGAUAUGGCCUUCACCCAGCUGAAGGUUGUGGCGGCCAACCUGCUCCACAAAUUCCACAUUACGGUCGUGAAAGGUCAUGUCGAGGUCCCCAGUCUUUCCAUUAUCCUCCACAUGAAGCAUGGGUUGAGGGUAAAUGUCGAGAAAAGGGUCUGA